CCCAUAUCGUCUCCUUCCCUCUCCUUCUAUAAACCCUCGCCGACGUCCUUCCCCACUCCCGGUUUCGCACAAACCCAUCGCCAUCCUGAUGGAAAGCUCGCGAUACAGUCGCUGUUAGAGCUAGCUUUGAAGGCAACUACGGGCUCGGGGCGUACAAAGACCUCCGAAACUUCCAUCCUUCUUCUCCUUCUGCUCCCUUUGUACCAAAAACCAUUGGGAAGUUUUAGGUUAAAUCCUGCUACUGAACAGCCCCUUUAUUGAAGAGGACGGGAGAAGGAUGACAGCGGGGGUGGCGGAGUUCGUUAGCGGCAUGGAUGACUGUCGGCUGAAGCCACAGAUGCUCCGUUCUGUGGUGCGUGAUGGCCUCCCCGACGAGAAACGACCAUUCCCUAGAACAGCAGAGCUCGCAGCUGUGCUCUCUCGAGUGCGAACGCAUGGACUCCUCUCGGAGAGCUACUCGGACACCGCGGGACGUAAGCUGAUUGAGGCGUGGAGGUCUGCCGUCGACACCUGGGUCGAGCGUAUUGUUUCUCUCGCUUCAAGCAGCGCGCCUGACAGAUGUUGGGCGGGAAGUUGUUUGCUUGGGGUGACAUGCGAAGAAUGCUGCUCCGAUCGUUUCCAGUCAUCGUACACUAUUUGGUUUCAGAAACUGCUGGAGAACUUUCAG